AUGAUCAGCUCUGUCACUAUGGGCUCCAUUGAACCACCUAAUGCUUCUAGCUGUCUUGUAUACCAGACCAUCACUGAGUUUGCAGACUUCCCCGACCACGAUCAGAAGCUAUGGUGGCACAGUACGGCACCUAUGUUCGCAGAAAUGCUCAAGGUUGCUGGAUAUGAUAUUCAUUCUCGGUACAAAGCUCUCGGGUUGUACCAGAAGUUUAUCAUUCCUUUCCUUGGUGUCUACCCUACCAAAACCAACGAUCGAUGGCUCAGCAUCCUGACUCGAUACGGCACGCCUUUUGAACUGAGCUUAAACUGCACCCACUCAGUGGUACGAUACACCUUUGAGCCCAUUAACGCUGCCACUGGCUCCCUGAAAGAUCCCUUCAACACUCAUGCCAUCUGGGACGCACUCGAUACACUGAUCCCUUUGCAGAAGGGCAUUGAUCUAGAAGAAAAAAAAAAGGUUGGGGGCCAGAUCCGAACUCAAAACAAACUGGCCUUGGACCUGAAGGGUGGCGAGUUCGUAUUGAAGGCUUAUAUAUAUCCCGCACUCAAAUCUCUGGCAACCGGAAAGUCUGUCCAAGAGCUCAUGUUUGACUCUGUUCAUCGCCUUUCCCACCAGUACCCGACUCUCGCCGCGCCUCUCCGCAAAUUAGAAGAGUAUGUUCACUCUCGCGGAACUUCCAGUACCGCCUCUCCCCGGCUCAUUUCUUGCGAUCUGUGUGACCCACGUCAAUCUCGGAUCAAAAUAUACCUCUUGGAGCUGAAUGUCUCCCUGGAAUCGAUGGAGGACCUGUGGACACUAGGCGGCCGACGAAACGAUACCCAAACACUCGCUGGAUUGGAGAUGAUUCGUGAGCUAUGGGACCUGAUCAACCUCCCCACCGGUAUUCUCUCGUACCCGGAGCCCUAUCUCAAGCUUGGCGAGGUCCCCAAUGAGCAGCUUCCUCUGAUGGCCAACUAUACCCUUCACCACGACGACCCAAUGCCCGAACCGCAGGUCUACUUCACGACUUUCGGUAUGAACGAUGGCCGGGUGACGGAUGGACUAGCCACCUUCUUCAGACGUCAUGGCUACACCCAUAUGUUGCAGACAUACAGGGAUAGCAUGCGUGCUUACUAUCCUCAUGUGGAUCAUGACACUGUCAACUAUCUCCACGCCUACAUCUCUUUCUCUUAUCGAAAGGGGAGCCCGUAUUUAAGUGUCUAUCUCCAAUCCUUCGAGACUGGUGACUGGCCAAUCUCCAGCUUCGGUGCCCCCAUCCUUGAGCCUGUCUCUAAGAAGAUGUGUCGUGGCCAUCCUGUCUCUUUCGAGGUACCUUUGACAAAGCAGCAGGUGGUGGCCAGUGAGUGA